AUGAAAACUUUUCCGUUCGCAUCUCUAUUCCUUCUUCUUCUAUCGAUAUGUUCAUCUGCGCAGAGUUUCGGUCAUUCACUACUACCGCUCUUUUCACUCGAUCCAUCGUAUGUCAAUGUUAAUCAUGGUUCAUACGGUUCAGCAUCGAAAUAUGUUCAAGAGAAAUUGCGUGAAUACCAAAUGAAAGCCGAAUUGAAUCCUGAUCGAUGGUAUCGUAUCGACGUUCAACUCGAAAUGAAUAAACUACGUGAGAAAUUAAGUGCCUACGUUAAUUGCGACCCCGAUGACCUAGUUAUUGUUGAUAAUGCAUCAGCAGGAAUCAAUUCAAUCCUAAAAUCAUUGAAGUUUCGAUCGAAUGAAACAAUUUUGUACUAUAAUGUCGCUUACGGAAUGGUGAAAUUAACUUUGCAAUACGUUUCAACUGAAAUCUUUACACAAGAGCAAAUCGUUCAAAUCGAUCUUGACCAUCAAACGAUUCAAAACACCGAACUUCUAUUAAAAACAACUCAGGAUGCGAUAAGUAAAAUUGCCAAUGUAAAACUCAUCGUUUUCGAUCACAUCAGUUCUCUACCAUCCGUUCGAUUCGAUGUGGAAACAAUGAUCAAAUACUUUCGUGGAAAAGGUAUUUUAACUCUUGUUGACGGUGCACACGCUCUCGGUGGAAUUGAACUUGAUUUAAAAAAACUAGAUCCAGACUUCUAUGUCACGAACACGCAUAAAUGGUUGUACACACAACGAAGUUCAUGUCUAGUAUAUGUACGAAAGGACUUGCAAAAACUAAUUCAUCCGAUUAUAACAUCGUUUGGUUAUUUACAAUCUUUUCAAAGUGAAUUCUUUUGGUUAGGAACACGAGAUUACAGUGCGUAUUUGACCAUCUCUGACGCGAUCGAUUUUCGACGAACGAUCGCCAAUGAAUCCGAGAUCUUUGCCUACAAUCAUCAAUUAGCCAUUCAAACUGGAACUCUUCUCGCACGGCUAUGGAAUAGUUCAACAUUAACAACUGAUGAAAGAUACAUCAGCACAAUGAAUAAUAUUGAAUUACCAGCUUUUAUCAACACAACAGAGAAAAUGAAUGACUUGUAUCAAAAAUUGAUCAAUGAACACAACAUAUUUCUACCGAUGAUUGAAUUUGACAAGAAAUUCUAUUGUCGAAUUAGUGCUCAAAUAUAUAUGGAAUUAAGUGACUACGAGAAAGUGGGACAUAUCGUUUUGAACGCGGUUUCAACCAUGAAAUUCCAAAGAAAAAUUACGAAUAUGAACUGA